AUCAAGUGUACACAUACUGUUUCGCAAUUUAAGUUGUGGUGUCAGUAUCUAGAGGAUGUUGAUUUGAAAAUGAAUUCAGCUAAAACCGUCAUAUGUGGAUUUGUGGUUCUAGCAGUAAUACUGCAAUAUAUCGUUGCAGUACCUUUACCAGAAGAUGAAGCAGAAAAUGAAUGUGGUCAUAUUAAAAUUGAGGAGCCAGAUCAUCUGUACAUAGGAAGAAACGUCACAAUAACUUUCUGUCCCAAUAUUUUUCAGAACGAAAAAAAGCCGUUGUUGGAUAACUCAAACAAUAAACAUUUUAAACAUGAAUGUUUAAAUGGUUGUAAAACCUCACCAUUCGUAUUUGUUCUCAUCGAAUGUUCGAGCAACCUUAACGACGCAGACUUUUUUGUGAGCUACGGCUGCCGCUCUGGUUAUGUUCGAACUCGUUUAAAAAAACUGACAGAUUGUGGUGUCUCGUACUUACGGCCAUGUACUCCAAAGCUAGGUCAGGCAGAGUUUGUAUUCAUUCCAAACACUGCUGUGACAGGAUUCAAAAAUGGAUACGUCCUGAACUGGCUUGAAACUAAUCCCGAGACAGGAAUCGAAUUGAGAGUCAACAUUUCGGAACAUAAUUACGAACAACGCAAUGAAAGCAAGUGGGCAUACGUGUUAGUAAUCCAUGACGUCAACAGAAAAAAUGGAUAUCAAUAUCGGGUUCAGUGCACUGACAGGCCGAUAGAAAAAGGUCGAGUAAAACACACAGAUAACAUUACCCUAAACGCGAUUUCACCUGUAUCUCCUGUCGUGGGACCUCUUGUGGAUAUCGAUGACUGUACAGGAUGUCUUCUUGUUGAUACAAGUCGCACUACUUACAAAGACAUAUUUUGCACAAGUCAGGGGGCAGCCAAUACAAGAGUCACCCUUAAAAUAAAUAGAUGCACAUACCGUACAGAAAAUGAUGGUAACGGAACAUACAGGACUAUCAUCACAUCCUCUUUUGAUGAAUACGAUCAUUUGAAACAAGCUGUGUGCUCUGCAUCUACAUGCGCCACCACAAGUGCCACACUUUAUGUUGCAGUUCAGCCAGAUGAACUGAAGCUUAACGUUCCUGUACCUGUUUUACGCAAAGGAGUUGAUCCAAACAUUACAUGUUCAUCUAAAGGAGGACGUCCAAGAUCAGUUUUAACAUUCUUUCUCAACGGCAAUAAAAUAUCGUCUACCCAGAUAGAUCAGUAUGACAACACUACGCGCACUUACAACAGUGUUGCGACAGUAACUGAAGUUCCCGAUAAGAAUUGGGAUGGAGGAGAUAUACUAUGUACUCGAAUUCAACUACAUACCGACUCGUUGAACGUUACAAGCGAAAUUAAAGUGGCAUAUACAUAUCCACCAAAAAUCCAGAUUAAUACAUCAAGCCCACUAAUAAUCGAAGAGGGGUCAACACAACAGACCACGUGUCUCGCGGAAAGUUACCCACCUUCCAACAUCACGUGGAGUUUCACACAAGAUGGACGAGAAGAAACGAGCUCUUGUUUCGGCGCCACAUCGUGCUCUGUUUUUGUGUCAGGUUUACGGGACGGAGAGAAACGGGAAUAUAUGUGCUCCGUGGUGCAUAUGUUACUUGCGUCAAACAAGUCCUUCGUUGCGGAAGGAAGAGCCCGAAAGUCCGAAAUCACACAGGACGAACAAGGCGGAAGCUCGGCAUUAGUGGGCGGCUUAGUUGGAUCCUGUGUGUUACUGGCAGGUGUGGCAGCCAUGAUCAUAGUGUGUUACUGGAAACGACGGCAACAUAAACGAAGAACUCAUCGAAAUGAUACUGUGCAGAGGUCCCAUGAAAUACACGUUUCUGUCACCAAUGAUGACCAACUCGUUGAGUACGCUGUUGUGUCGAAGACAAGUAAAAGCACUGUCUCCAAGCACGUGAAUACUUCUGUACAGAAGUCCAUUGUUUCAAAAGAAAACACAAACAUCCCGUCAGUUGACGUUAACCAUACCGAUCCAAAACCAUUGGUCUCCACGAAUACCCUUACCGCAAGCACGGCGGAUGAAUACGCAGUCGUCUCGAAGACAUGUCCCAACCCAGCUAUUGUACAUGCAAGAGGCAAAGCGCCACCGAAAACGGAUGCGAGCGGUGAUCAGCUUGUUUACGUGGAGUUGGAUAGAGAUGUGCUGGAAACAAGACCUUCAGCGGCCAGACCUGUGCAGGGGGAGGCUGUAGAAUAUGUGGGCAUUGACUUCUCAAAGAAGGCGACAAUUGAGAAGGAUGACAACAUGUAUACCAAUAAAUGAUUGAUCUGUAUGGCGAUAUUGCCUUUUAUUCGGAGUUGAAUGCAAGGGAAUAGAGUGGUACGAACGUGCUCCAUGAAAACGCGAGGACACCUAUAGAUAUAUUUGAAUAUUUUUUUACUUCGCACAUCGUUCGUUCUUUGUUUUACAUGCCAUUUUGAAAUAUGUGCAUAGUCGCAUAUAUCAUUACUUUGUUAAAAACGUAUGUGUGAAUAAGCUCAUCCAUAAAUAAGAAUUGCUAAAUAAAAAAGACAUUAAAAAAAAUUAAAUACGAGUAAAUAAUAUGCAAAAGAAACUUCAGCCUAUUUUGUUCGCAUUUGAUACAUACGGUUAGAAUGUAUAUGUAUGAUACAAACGUAUUUAUAACUGAACGGUAUGUUGAACUGAACAUUAAAUCACAGUAUGAGUGGAAUUAAUAUUGGCAGAGUUUGAAAAAUAUAUUUAAACAUGUUAAACAUGUAAUCAGCAUAACAUACGUAAUCAAUGUAAAGUUUGUAUUAGCACAUAGAUUUAAGUUUGCAUAUUGCACGUGAUCAUUGCAAUUAACUUUUGUUUUAUUUGAGCCAUACUGUUGCUUGACUCUUACAGUAUGUUUGUUGACUAGCGUAAAUUUUAAAAUACUACGAAGUCCAGCUUUGUAAACUAAGAAUACUGUGCGCAAAACGAAAAUAAAAAUGUUACUCGCAGUUAAAGUGUUUUACGCGGGAAACAGAUAAUAAUAAUGAUAAUAAUAAUGUGUAAUCUUGAUAGUUUGUCGCAUUUAUUUGGUUUUAAUAGAUUGUUGCGUUUGUAGGCCAAUUGAUUGAUUUUAGGCCAGAUGUGGUUAUUGAAAGGAAAUCAGAUUUUGUCGAAAGAAAUAUGUCGGUCAAUAAUAACAUAUUUUACAAAUGGUAUAGCACAGCCUAACAAAACCAAAUCUUUUUUUAUCAUGUUCAUGUCUCGACCGAAUGGCUCGGUCGGUUCAGAUGUCUUUUGCUUUUGUGUCACUUUCAUACACAAAACAACAAAAGCAUUCCCAUGUUGAAACAACGAAACGAAGGCUUAAGUGACACAUUUUGUAUUAUUCAGUAAA